AUGCCGUACAACACCACCGCUAUCCCUCCCCGCAAGGAGGUGACCGGUCAAACCCAACUGCCUCUGACAAGGGUCAAGAAGAUCAUUGCGGUCGACCCAGACAUCAACAUCUGCUCUAACAAUGCAGCUUUUGUAAUUACUCUGGCGACAGAAAUGUUCGUGCAGUACCUCACCAGCACAGCCCAGAACAUGGCCAAGACGGAGCGCAAGCCCCGGCGAAACAUCCAGUACAAAGACAUGGCCAAUGCCGUAGCCCUUCAAGACAACCUCGAAUUCCUCGAGGACAUCAUCCCCAAAACCACCUCCUACAAAGACAUCAAAGGCAAGGCCGCUGCCGCCCGUGCACGAGUCAAUGGCGAUAAGUCCGCCGCUGCUGCCGCCGCCGCGGGCGCCUCUACCUGUGAGGACGACCGUCCGACUGACGGCGUCCUGCCUAAUGGCAAGCGGGCCAAGUCGUCGUCUGCGGGCGUUACUAAUGGGUCAGCGACGAACGGUGCGUCCCGCAGUAGUGGAGCUGGAAGCAGCAAGGUCCUCUCGUCGGACGCGGUCGAUCCGAAUGACCAGCUGGAAUUGGAGAUGAGGCAAGCGCAGGAGCAUGAUGGAGAUGUCGAUAUGACGGGUUAA